AAAGAAUCAGGAGGUCCCCCACCUGUCACUCUCUCCACUCUGCAGUGCUUCGACUUCUCGUGGCUCACCGCCAUCGGAUGCUUCUGUGACUUAUACGAAUCGCAUAGCUUCAAAGUUUCAAUUUGACUUCUCCUUCACACAAUUCACGAACACUGUAGAGGAAAAAGACAUAGUUUCCUUAGAUUACGUGAAUCGAUCAAUUGGAUCCAUUGGGUUUUCGGAUCCGAAGAUCCGAUUACUCAAAAACGGAUCAUCUGUUUAAUCUUGAUAUUCUUGGAAGGGUGAAGAAUGAACCCCGAGAUAGCUAGCUUCGAUUACUGGUUUAAUUGGAGAGUGCUUCUCUGUGCGGUAUGGGUGUUGGCCCCGAUGGUUGUUGCUCUCUUCGUUAUAUGGAAGUACGAAGAUAGUUCGGUUGAAACUCAGCGAGAAGACGUUAAUGACGUUGGUGAUAGUGAAGAUAAUGUUGUUCUAUGCGUUGAUGAUGCUUGGAGACCUUGUUUAGAAAAGAUCCAUCCGGGUUGGUUGCUGGGUUUCCGGAUCCUCGCCUUGUGCUUUCUUCUGGCGACCAACAUUGCUAGGCUUGCUCUUCGUGGGUGGCGUAUCUACUACUAUUACACUCAGUGGACUUACACAUUGAUAGCAAUCUACUUUGGGAUGGGAUCACUGCUUUCAGUUUACGGGUGCUUUCAACACAAGAAACAACUAAGCAGGAGACUAACGGCUGAUCAAGUAGGAAACGAUGCGGAGAGUGGAUUACGUUUGCCUCUUAAUGGGGAGAAAAUGGUUUUGCUUGAGAAGAGUAAAGCUUCUGGUUCAAAGACACUACGGUCCUCUGUCCAUCUCUUCCAGAUUAUAUUUCAGAUGAGUGCUGGAGCAGCUGUGCUUACAGACAGUAUUUACUGGACCGUGAUUUUCCCGUUCCUGUCUUUGCAAGACUAUGAGAUGGGUUUUAUGACUGUGAAUUUGCAUACGAGCAACCUCUUUUUGCUGGUUUGUGACACAAUUCUUAACCGUCUGAGGUUUCCCUUGUUCAGGUUCGCUUACUUCAUCUUGUGGACAGGAAUUUUCGUUAUUUUCCAAUGGACUCUCCAUCUUUUUGUCUCUGUUGGGUGGCCAUAUCCAUUUCUCGACCUGGCACUUCCAAUGGCUCCAGUGUGGUAUCUGUUGGUAGCACUCCUGCAUCUUCCUUCUUAUGGCCUCUAUGCACUAUUCGUCAGAAUCAAAUACAAACUGAAGAGUUUUGCGUCGUAAGAACCAAUCCUCAUUUCAUUUUAAAGGGUUUCAACAAUGAAUGUGAACAUAAGUUUAUUAUUAUACCCAUGUCUAAAAACCUCAGAACAGAUGAAUAUAAUCACCACAGUUUUUAAA